AUGACAAGGUCGUGGAGCGUCGCCCUGCUGGCGGCCAGCAGCCUGAUCGGCACCGCCAGCAGCACGUCCAUGUUCGCCUUCUACACAGGGUCGCAGAAGGGCGUCCAGAUCGGCAUGCAGGACCCCAAUACGGGCGAAAUCUGGGUCAACAACUGCAACGCCAACAUCAAUGGCGCACCAUUGUUUCCGACAUCGCCUCACAUUGUGCUGCCAACAAACCACAAGCCCAAGAAGGGGGGCAGCAUCGCGGCCACGGGCUGGUGGGACUCACAGCAUGUCAUCGCCUCCGUGUUCUGGCACUCAGAAGACGGCGACAUCGUCAACGGCUACUACCAGUGCGAUGGCGAGUCCGGCAACUUUGUCUUGCAGGGCGAGUACGUAAUCUCUCAGACGGCCAACAUCCCGUCCUCUGACAUCCACCCCAACACGGGUCUGGCUGUCGAGCUGCUGGGAAGCACCGAGGGCUAUCGCGUGUUUUACCACGACAAGGACAGCCAGGUGCACUCUCUGUCUUACACCAACAAGAUCAACUGGAACUACUAUGGCACCGUGUCCCAGGAUCCCUCCUUCGGCAUGGCCCUGGCAUCUGCCCAUUCGUCUGACAACAACAUCACCGUCGUCUUCCCGAAGAGCACCAAGGAUAUUGAGGUGUCUCGCCUGAACAAGGACGGAACCUAUCAUAUCUCCACGUUUCCCGAGACAAUCCAGAACAUCCCCACAAACAACACAGCGCCCUCCAAGAUCGACAUCAACCCAAAGGUGCCUGCCAAGUUCACUCUCCCCGCCUGGAACGGCAAGCCAGGCGGCUUGGGCGUCGCCAUCGACAACGACUACACCCGCAGUGUCUUCUGGAUUGGCACCGACAAGAAGCUGCAUGAGGCUGCCAACAUCAACUUUGAGUGGCAGAUGAUGCCCAACCAGUCCACGCAAGCCUGGCCCCUGGCUGACGAAGCCAACGCCGACUUGGCCGUUACCUACAACUUCGACUCGAGCGAGGCGUGGGUAUACUAUGUGUCCAACAACACCGUCAUUCAGGCCUACCGCGGCUCCAACGGUACCUGGAGCAAGGCCUCCGUGGUGCCAACCUCGACCACCGUCCCCGGCAGCGGCGAUGGCGGUUCCGACUCCGGCCCCGACUCGGGAGACGGCGACGGCGACAGCAGCCCCAGCACCGGACUCUCGCCGGGAGCCAAGGCCGGCAUCGGCAUCGGCGUCAGCGUGGGAGCCAUCGGCGUUGGACUGCUCGGCCUGUUCUUCUUCCUCCGCCGACGACGCCAACGUGCCGCUGCCGCCGCCGCCGAGGCGGACAAGGAGCAGCCCACCACCAACAUGGGUCAAUACCAAGCCCCCAGCGAGCAGGCUCUGUACAUGGCUGACGGGUCGUUAGCACCGGCAUACACGCCGCAAACGCCGUACGACGCCCACGACCCUUCCAAGAAGGGCACGCCCGCCAUGACCAUGAGCAGCAUGCACAGCAGCAACGUGGUGUCGCCGCUCGUCGAGAUGGAGCAGCCGCCCACGAUUCACGAGCUGCCUCCUACAAACUUUACUUAUGAGCUCCCUGCCGAUAACGUGGAGCGCAGGUGA